GUCUAGAAACUAAAUUAUUAUUUUAUUUGUGUAAUAAAAUGUCUUCUCCAGUUGAGGAAAGUGUGCGGCGUAAUAGCGAGAGCGAAGCUGGUGAUCCUGACACUCCAGAUCAUGAUCCUCAUUAUGAGCCAAUUGUCUCCUUGCCGUUAGUAGACAUCCAGACAAACGAGGAAGAUGAAGAGGAACUCGUGAAAAUUCGCGCCAGACUCUACCGAUAUGAUACCGGCGACCAUGAAUGGAAGGAAAGGGGCACAGGAGACAUCAAAUUAUUACGCCAUAAAAUUAAUCACACUGUAAGAGUGGUCAUGAGGAGAGACAAGACACUGAAAGUGUGUGCUAACCAUUUUAUAACUCCCGAUAUUAGAAUGAAUGUGCACUGUGGAUCUGAUAAAGCGUUCAAUUGGUCAGUGUUCGCUGACUACGCAGAUGAGACUAUGAAACAAGAAUUGCUUGCUAUUAAGUUUGGGAAUGCCCAGAAUGCCGAAUUAUGGAAAGCAAAGUUUGCGGAAGCCCAAGAAAUUGUUAGAACAAAAUGUAGCCUCUACACGCAGGACCCAUCGUCAGACGAUGAAAGCAGUAUCACAAGAAGUGAGGAUACCGACACCCCUGAACCAAAAAGUGUUGACAAAAGUCAAGAUUCAGAAACAAAUGAAUCUGAUGGUGUUGUGCUACAAUUAAAAGAACUUAAAGUGGAUAGUGAAAAAUCUGAAUAAUUUUAAUCGGUUUUAAACUAAUGUUAUGUGAAAUAAGGAUGUGGUCUGUCUGAGUCUAUAUUAUUGUUGCAAUAUUUUAAAUAUUAAAUGUUUAUUAUCAGUCUGAAUGUUUUGUUAGUACAGGAUUUUAUGUUCGGUAGACAAAUUGUGCAAGAACAGGGUACCAGGUGCCACAUAUAUUCAGCCGCUACUAAAUAUAAUUUUUUUUAGUAAUUUUCUCUUAUUUUAAAAGAAAGUCCAUAAAAGUUAUAUCACACUUUUCAUUCUUUAUCUUGUUUGAACAAUAAAAAAAUAUUUCUAACUACAUCUUCAAUGCAAAUAAUAAUUUCCUGAACACACAAACGGUCAAACCCGACCCAUUAAAAUUUAGAUAUUUUUUAGAUAGUGAGGCUUGAUAUAAUGAAUAUUCUAGUUAUAUUUGCAUAAUAGAGAGAGAUUAGAAAUGUAUUUUUACAAACAAUCAUAAUAAUCCUGUAUGAAUAUGGACAUCUUAUUUACGAUUUGACUGCUCUAUGAUAAGUAAUAAUAAUGAAAUAAAAACAAGUGUUGCGGUAUGUUUACUUUAAAGUGCACAUUAGACUGUUCAAUAUCACUGCCAAUUAUAAGAUUCUUUCAGACAACUAUCCUUUUGUGAUUUUGAAUUUCCAUAGGUUUUAAAAUGUUUAUUUCUAUUCGCAAGUCAUAAGUUUUACUUAUAAUAAUUCAUAGCAUUUUCUGAAGAGUAAUCUUAAGGUUAGAUUUACUUUUUUAUAAUUCCUUUGCUAGGAUAAUACUUAUUGUAUAGAUUUGCUGACUUUGUGAUAAUGGGAUUUGAUGAAAUCAACAAGUAACAUGUGGA